AUGAUGCAAUCUUCCAAAUUGGCGGAAGAGAUAGUCGUACAAUUCAUGUCGAGAUUGCCUCCUAAAGCAUUGAUGCGAUUCAAAUGUAUUCGCAAGUCAUGGUACAAUCUAAUAAAUAGUCCAAGUUUUGUGGCUCAGAAUCUUUCUUAUUCCAUGAACAACAAAUUCACCUCUUCCACUUGCAUCCUUUCCAAGCAUACUGUCCUCAAGGACAGUAACAUUACAGAUAGGAAUGAAAUUCUUGAUAUCCUUACGUAUGGAAACAAUGAUAAGAAGCAAAUUUUACUGUCAUCACUUAACUUUUGCAAUGAUCAUGAUGGUGAUGAUCAAGAGCUUUUUUCUGUUAUUAAGGACAACUUUAUUGUUCCUUUUCCUUUUGAUAAAUGUUCGUUGAGUUUAAAAAUUGCAGGUCAUUGUGAUGGGAUUAUUUGUCUUGUUAACGUUGAGGAUGUUGCUUUAUGCAACCCUUCAAUCAAGGAAUUCAAUCAUCUUCCAAAGUCUUAUCUUCUUCUCCCCCCAAAAAAUUGGGAUGAUUAUGAAAAUGAAGAUGAUUAUUAUGAGGCAUUAGAAUCGGAAUCAAAUGCUGUAGGAUUUGGCUAUGAUUCCAAAGCUAAUGUUUACAAGGUUGUUAGAAUUGUCCAGUUUAGUUCAGGGUAUGUUUUUACUUCACAUCCUUCAAGAGUAGAGGUGUACACCUUAGGGGCAAAUUGUUGGAGAGAGAUCAAGGCAGAUGUACUUGUAAGUACUGUCUGUUGGAGUCCUUCAUUUGAGAUGUACUUCAAGGGAAUUUAUUAUUGGGAUGCGUAUAGCUAUCUUACUCCUAGACAGUAUAAGGACGGCAUACUUGCAUUUGAUAUGAGUGAUGAGCUAUUUUAUUUGAUAUACCAUCCGGAGACUACACGUGAAUUUAACAAGAGCCUUGCUGUGUGGAAAGAAUCCAUAGCUCUUAUCACCUACGAAGGAGAUGCUCCUAAAUGUUUCGAUUUAUGGCUAAAUGAAGACUCUAAUUGUUUUAAAGGUUUAUGGACAAAAUACCUCACUAUUGGACCGGUAGAAGUUGAGAUUCCUUUAGUAUUUUGGAAGAGUAACGAGAUUCUUAUGGUGAAUGCUGAUAGACGUAUAGUUUCUUAUAACCUUGAUAUCCAAACACUCAAGCGUCUCCCAAUUCAUGGAGUGGAAGAUCCUGAGUAUAUUUAUGCUAUUAUUUAUGUAAGUAGUAUUAUUUCAGUAAACAGAGACAAUAAGCUCGAGUGUAUGACUACUUCUAUUUAG